CACUCUCGGCUCCAGCUCCCGCCGCCUGUAUCGCCGCCGCCGCCGCCGCCGCCUCCUCUGCCUCGAGGCGUCGUUUUCUGCGGCGGAGAGAGGUGCUAUGUCCGGAAAGUUCCGGGAGGGACUGGAUGGGGCCAUGCGCCCUGGGCUCCCGAGCCGGCGCCCGCGCGCAGCCCUUUGUAUGAGGCAAAAGGACUCCUAUGGAAGGUGGAACUCUUUGUUUUCCAGAAUGUGUUUCCAAACCCAUCCAUGAAACAUGAUACUGCUGCUCUGUGUUGAAAUGCUUGAAGAACACCCACAUCUUUGUCAGCGCCUGCCAUUCUGCUGAAACCAUGGUCUUCUCUGCAGUGUUGACUGCGUCCCAUACUGGGGCAACCAACACAACAUUUGUCGUCUAUGAAAACACUUAUGUGAACAUUACUGUCCCUCCACCAUUCCAGCAUCCCGGCAUUGGCCCGCUGCUUAGAUACAGUAUGGAAACCAUGGCUUCCACUCCAAUGAGUUCCUUGACAGUGAAUAGCACAGCUGUACCCCCAACACCAGCAGUUUUUAAGAGCCUAAACUUGCCUCUGCAGAUCAUCCUUUCUGCUCUAAUGAUAUUUAUUCUGUUUGUGUCUUUUCUUGGGAACUUGGUUGUUUGCCUGAUGGUUUACCAAAAAGCUGCCAUGCGCUCUGCAAUUAACAUCCUCCUUGCCAGCCUGGCAUUUGCAGACAUGUUGCUUGCAGUGCUGAACAUGCCCUUCGCCUUGGUAACUAUUCUUACUACAAGAUGGAUUUUUGGGACGUUCUUCUGUAGGAUAUCUGCUAUGUUUUUCUGGUUGUUUGUGAUAGAGGGAGUAGCCAUCCUGCUCAUCAUUAGCAUCGAUAGGUUCCUUAUUAUAGUCCAGAGGCAGGAUAAGCUAAAUCCAUAUAGGGCUAAGAUUCUAAUUGCAGUUUCUUGGGUGGCUUCCUUCUGUAUAGCCUUUCCUUUGGCUGUAGGAAACCCUGACCUGCAGAUACCUUCCCGAGCCCCCCAGUGUGUGUUUGGGUAUACAACCAACCCAGGUUACCAAGCUUAUGUGAUUUUGAUUUCUCUAGUUUCUUUCUUCAUACCCUUCCUGGUGAUACUGUAUUCAUUCAUGGGCAUACUCAACACCCUUCGGCACAAUGCCUUGAGAAUUCACAGCUACCCGGAGGGUAUAUGCCUCAGCCAGGCCAGCAAACUGGGUCUCAUGAGUCUACAGAGACCCUUCCAGAUGAGCAUUGAUAUGGGCUUUAAAACACGUGCCUUCACCACCAUUUUGAUUCUCUUUGCUGUCUUCAUCGUCUGCUGGGCCCCAUUCACCACUUACAGCCUUGUGGCAACGUUCAGUAAGCACUUUUACUAUAAGCACAACUUUUUUGAGAUUAGCACCUGGCUACUCUGGCUCUGCUACCUCAAGUCUGCGUUGAACCCACUGAUUUACUACUGGAGGAUUAAAAAAUUCCAUGAUGCCUGCCUGGACAUGAUGCCCAAGUCGUUCAAGUUUUUGCCACGUCUUCCUGGUCACACAAAGCGGCGGAUACGUCCCAGUGCUGUCUAUGUGUGUGGGGAACACCGGACAGUGGUGUGAAUAUGGUACUGCCUGACAUUUUGGGUGAUGGUUGCUCUUUAUCGGACUUUGAGUUUUCUUUCACAUGAGUUCUCCAAGUAUACUUUAUUGUUUUUUAUAGGGUUUGUGUGUAUGUGUGUGUGUGCAGUGUAAAGAAAGAAUGGUGAUUAGUUAGAUUUCUGUUACUGAGGAUAUGUAAUAGGGAAAUAAUCACAAAUGUUACCUCCAGGGUUCAAGAGAAAUCCUUGAUUUAAGAUGGGGAGAUGGUAUUUUGUUUCUUUGAUUGAUUUUGUUUUUGAAGCAGGAAUCAGGAUUGUGCUUUAAUGAGCCUGCAGUUACAUUGAAUUGUAGGUGUUUUGUAUGCUGCUAAGGUAUGCUUAAUUGAGUUUAUCAUUUUUUUUCUGGAAGACGUUGCUGCUUUUUGCCAUCACUUUGGAGCCAAAACCACAUAUAUCUCAGUAGAUAAAUAUUUACUUUUAUUAAAAAGAAUAACCCAAGGGGGUUAGUGACAUUUUAAAGGUCGUUAAUAUUUACUUUGGUGCACUUUAAGAAAUAAUGUACAAACUAAUUCAGUCAUGUUUUUCAGAAUUGUUUUUUUAAUACAUGACCUGAUGUGCUUUAGGGAACAUUGCAUUAUCAUUUCUAGGAAGAUAGUUUUUAAAAAAUGUUUUAUCUGCAUGUCCAGUUUUAAAGAACAUAAAAAAUGUAGACAUUUUUCUAAGCACAAUAGUGAUUCUUCAGAGCAAAUAGGGCAAAAUCCAGGAGACAGAGCAUCCCUGCAUAUUUAAAUGGGAUGCAUUGAGGGGUAGCUGGUGUGGGCUGUGGUAUUUCCUCUGACUCAAGGAUUCUGAGUUCACCAAGCAGAAGGAUCUAUCGUUUUACUGGGCACCUACCAUCUUCCAGGCACUGUGCAUCUUUAUCCUCACAGCGUCCUGUGAGGUAGGUAUUCUUUCUUUCUUUUUUAUGCAGAAAGUAAGUCUUAGAGAGACGAAAAUCUUGCCCAAGGUUAAUGGUAGAGCUGGAAUCCAAAAGAAUCUGUCAGAAUCCUGUGACUGCUGUUCUUCUGUGCCACGUAGACAUAUCAUUCAGGUUUAAGUAUUUCAUAGUUAGGAAGGAACUCUGUGUAUCCUUUAAUUUUUUUUAGACUAGCACCUUUUAAAAAUAGCUUCACUUUUUUUGUAACCAAAAGAAAUGUGAAAACAUUACAGAAAGUAUGGAAAAUAGAAAAAAAAUCAUUCACACCUACCCUUUUACAGUGGAUCUUAAAUAUCUUAGACAGAUAAGGCUAUGAGGAAAUUAGGUGAUUUUUUUUUUUUUUUUUUUUUUUUUUCAAAACAAGUGACUGACUACGGAGAAGUUAAUUACAGCUGUAUGCAGGUCCUGGCCUUGCUGGUUCAGAGAUUUUCUGUUGUCCAACUGGUUCUAAAUGUUCUCGGCCAAGUAGCACGGUUGCCUGAGGGCUUGCCCAUGGCUGAGCCGAAGUUUGUAAAUGUGCUCAGAGAAGCAACGAUAAGUCCUGGUACGAGCAUAGAGCAAGUUUUAACAGGGCAGGUCCAGGGUUUCACAUUUUUUUCCUCUUGCUGACGACCUGCCCCCCUAGGUACAUCAGAGCCUUUGGUCCCCUUGCUCUGUGGCCACUGACACACUUUAUAAAGCAGCCAAUGGGUUUGGGGCUGCAGACCAAGGCUAUAAGGGUUGAAAAUGUAGCCUCUUGGCCACACACCUCUUGACUUUAUAAAUAGCUAGGUUAACAUGAAUACUUUUUGGAUUUUUAUAGCUUCUUUUCAGAAUUUUAGUACUUUGUGAGCCAGUGGGAAAAAUGAGCCUCUGUUUCUUCAGUUUUACAACCACACAGUUGGAUUAGAUGAAUUGGCCCAACUCUACUGUGCUUUCCUCCAUGUGGGAGUAGAGAUAUAUGAAGAGCUCGGCUGACGUCAGCAUCAAUCUUUGGUCUCCAGUAUUACUUCUUUACAGUUUACUUACUAGCUGUUUCUUAAAAUGGAAUGUCUACUGAAUGUCUGAAAAGCCCCUAGCACAGUAUCAGGAACUAGGACUUUGGAAGGUUGAUGACACCAUGAAGGACCUGGGGAACCCUGCUCUUAAGGCAAUUGUAAUGGUAUUAGAACUCAUUUUCCAGAUGAAGAACUCUUUUGGGACUCAGAGCACUUAUUCAGCAUGUUGUUUCGGGAUCAGCUUUUGCUGAUAGUCACCUACCUCUUUGGUUUCUAAUUUAUAUUAUUCACAGGUUAAAAUUGUUUUAGUCCAUUUGGGAGCUUAGAGAACGUAAACACUGUAGUAGAUACGUAGGAGCACAUGGAACUGUAUCAUGCUUUUCCAUUUUCAAUAUAAACUGGUUUUCAAGUGGAUAUUAAUAAGGAUAUUUGAAAUUAGACUUUCUCUGAGGAAAGUCAUCGUGAUUCUGUAUUCAUCUUCCAUAUUGGCAGUAGGUCUUGAGACUCCCAUUGUGAUAGAAGUUGAAACUGAGCUUUGUUUUCUUUGUCCUUCCUUAUGAGCUGUCCUUCGGUACUUUUGUGCUGCCUGGUAGGCAGUGCAUUGUUCUGCAGAGCUCAAGAGUGCCUGCUGAGAUGCUCAGUGUUUGUGAGAGAAGACCACGUGGGGCCUUAGGAACUCAGCAACACCACCCAACAGCCAACAGCGGUUCUCUUUACACUGGAGACUCUUGAUAGGGGACAGUUUACAAAUCAUUUUGAAUGUUUUUUAUCAUGUACACAUUUUAAAAGCUUUAAAAAAAAUGUACUCUGUUGGACCUUUGAAAAAUUUAGGUGCGGAAUCAUAUUUUGCCUAUUCCCCUGUAUUUUCUUGAGGGAGAAAGAAAAUACCACUACUAAUUAUCACCGCAGGCAGACACAAGAGAUGUCUUAGUUUUCCUUUUCCAUCUGGCUAAUAAGUAAGAGGCAUGAGAAAGAUUGUGAAAUAUUUGUGAUCAGGAGAAAGAGUCUGGAAGAAAUCCCCAAUAGUCUGGAGUAGUGCUAUUCAAACUUUAAUAGGAAUUUGUGUCUCUGUAUUCCCAGGGGAGCUUGUUAGCAAUACAGAAGCUGGGGUUCCCCAAAGGGGCUGGGUUUGGGCCCGGGAAUGCACACUUUAGUUCCUUGAGCACUCUGAUUCCAAGGCAGGGCCCUGGGUCCCUGAUCCUGAAGCUGGUGCUUCAAGAAGCACUCUGGUUGAAAAUACACCCAUUUUAAUAUUGUCUGUUUUACACAUAAAUGCUUGUGUUGGAAGCCAUUAUCUCUUAGUGCAUGGGUAAUCCAUAUAUAGAGGAAAAUCUACACAUUGUUGUACCUUAUUUGCUGCCACGUGUGUUAGUACUGGAUCUUGCCAGUGUCAGCUGUACCUUCUUUCAGCUGGCAAAGUUCUGAUAGACCAUGUUGUUUCAUGGUAGAGCAAAAGGAGUGAUUUAGUAUUUGAAAGUCAUGACUUUCAAGAAUCUAGUUCCUCUAAUAUUUUCUUUUCUUCUAGAGAGAUGUCUUUGUUGUAUAUAAUCUCCAGAAGAGUAUGAGGGGAAUGUAAAAUUCAUCUAAUUUCCCAUUGCUCUGCUUAUGCCAGUCGUGUUCAAUGGAAGCAUGAAGAAAAUAAAAAUAAUCUUUUUACUCAAUGUAUAAUUUCAGUUGCUGACAAAGAUAUUUAAUUUGUUCUUAAUCUUUGCUUUUGUUUACAUGAAAAUAUUUAUGUAUAUAUCACAGAAAAAUUUCUACUUGCUUGACAUUUUAUUCUACUAUGAUUUCUAAGUUUAAAGAACUGCUUAAUUCAAAUUUAUUUUCACAACCAUAGUCCUGCUAAAAUGCCUUCAUUGAAGACUCAGUUUUUAAAUAAUAAAAAUAUCAAAGCACAUGUUUGUUAAGACAGGUAAAUGGUAAUACAUUUCUUAGCUAUAUAUUGGUACUAGUCCUUUGUAAUUAAAAUUAAUUUAUUUUACAAUAGUACCUGCCCUAUAUAUUAAAAAAAGAAACCACUUUGAAUUUUGGGUUGUAAUUCAAGAAAAAAAAAAACUGGAUAUGUGUGCAUAUUGUUAUUACAACCAGGAGAAGAGCUUCCAGUGAGAAAAUGAAUAAACAUUUAACAUUUCUAAAAGUGGAGUUUUUUUUUUUUUUAAGGACUACUUCAUCUUAGAUUUGUCAUG